AGAGCUUAUUUUGGGUCACUCGCUUGUUGCUCCGUGCUCGCUUCCAACUUGUACCUACUUCGUUCGGAUAAAAUUAUAGUGUGCCUUUCGCUUCACUAAACUUGCAACAUAGCGUUUCACGUUUAGUAAUUUUCAUUACAAGAAAGCUGGCGGGUGUGCAAAGCGAUUGUGUGGAUAAAGUGUUAAUUUUUAUAGUUGAAAUCAAUCAGUAGCUUGUGAAAUAGUUGUUACGAUUGUUAAUGAUUCACUAGAGGAAUUCGGGCGCGACGAGUGGCAAGUCGGCAUCAUGGAUGACGAUCAACAGUUUUGCUUACGAUGGAACAAUCACCAAUCUACGUUGGUGUCGGUUUUCGAUACUCUACUAGAGAAAGGCAUUCACGUGGACUGCACCUUGGCUGCCGAAGGGCAGACGCUAAAGGCACACAAAGUCGUACUCUCCGCGUGCAGUCCCUAUUUCGAGAGUGUGCUAUCCCAACAGUAUGAUAAACAUCCGAUAAUAAUUCUCAAAGAUGUGAAGUACGCAGAACUCAGAGCUAUGAUGGAUUAUAUGUAUCGUGGAGAAGUGAAUAUAUCUCAGGACCAGUUAGCUGCCCUGCUUAAGGCGGCUGAGUCCCUUCAGAUAAAAGGACUGUCUGACAACAAGCCAUCUCGGCCACCGUCGCGCCCGGCACAAGCUGUAGCUGCACACCCGCCCAGAGUGCCGUCCCCACCCCCACAGGUAAAAGACGGGAGCGUCGACAGCCGCUCCGCGUCGCUGAGCCCGACGCGCCGCCGCAAGAAAGCGCGGCGCGCGUCGACAGAGGGCAGCGGCGUCGUCGCGGACAGCAACGGAGGCGACGACGUGCCGUGCAAGGAGGAGCUCUCACGCGACGGCGUCGAGGACCUCACGCUGGACGAGGACCCCGAUGCGCCCGCCCACAACGAUGUCGUACGCAAUUUUCAAUGGCACAUGGAACGAUCUCAAGACGAAAUAAUGAACUCAAACGAUAGUGUCCGAGACAGUCAAGAGGUGGAGGUGGGGAAGGAGGCGGGGCUGCCGUCGGCGCUGCUGUCGCUGCUGCAGGCGCGGCGCGCGCUCGCCGCCCCACUGGCGCCCGAGCUCGACGCACAGCUGCUGCAGCGCGCGCUCUUUAGCGGCAAGAUGGAGUUCGCGCAGGAGCGCAAGGACGACGAGUCCGACGGCGGCGACGGCGAGCACGACGACACGGACGACAUAGUGCUGCCCGACGACGCCUUCUACCGCGCCCCGCCGCCGGACCCCUUCGACGUCAAGGAGCGGCGCGGCGACGAUGCCAGCCGCCAGUUCGAGUGCCGGCACUGCGGCAAGCGCUACCGCUGGAAGUCGACGCUGCGGCGACACGAGAACGUCGAGUGCGGCGGCAAGGCGCCGGCGCACCAGUGCCCCUACUGCUCAUACCGCGCUAAGCAGCGCGGCAACCUCGGCGUGCACAUUCGCAAGCACCACAACACCGAGUGGUACAUCUACGCCAGCAACAAGCGGGCUGUUGCAGGGGCGUGCGAGGAGGGCGCGCUGGCGCGGAUGGGCGCGCUGUCUUGGGAGCAGUGGUCGGCGCGGCUGGCGCUGCCGCUGGUGGGCGGGCUGCGCGCGCCGGCGCCCGGCGAGCCAAGCUUCACGUGCCCCGACUGCGGCCGCGUCUACAAACUCAAGUCGUCGCUGCGCAACCACCAGAAGUGGGAGUGCGGCAAGGAACCGCAGUUCCAGUGCCCGUAUUGCGUGUACCGCGCCAAGCAGAAGAUGCACAUCGCGCGCCACAUGGAGCGCAUGCACCGCGAGCACCACGCGCACAAGCCCGAUCACUACGUCAAGCCCGACAACGUUGACGCGUGCACAUAGGUGCGCCCGCCUCCGUGUCCGGGCCGGCCGGCCGCGCCGCCGCGGUCGCGCCUCGAGCGUUUUAUCCAGUACGGUAUAUUAGGGAGUCGCUCCGUUUCGCGGUGCAGUUUGAGUCGUUUCUAUAGUCGCGGGCGUUACAUUUUGGUUACCAUUUUCAGUGAACGAACCCGAAAUUGAGCGAGGCGGGGCCGGGCCGACCGCUCGGCCCGAGUGAGAUUGCGCGCGGCGUGCGACGCGAGAUUGCGUCGACUACUGUGUAUAACCUAGUUUAGUAAAACUGAAGCUAUUCGUCGCUUAGUUAGCAAGCUCUAGAUCUUUGCCAUAAUGCAUGUUCCAUUAUUUUUGUAAUACUCAUGUAAGUUAAUUCUUUUUUCGAUUUUUUAGAUCUCCUUAUGUUUAAAUGCAUUUAUUUUAUUUUAAGAAAUGAGACGUCCGUCGCCCGACGGCCGAAAUCAAAUAUUAUAUAAGACGUAUUAAUCGUAAGUUCCUGAGCUAUAACUCGCAACUCGUUACGUGGGGGCCAAUCGUUUGUAAGUUUUAUGACUGACCACUGAAAUUUAGUGCCUUACGAAAUCAUGUAUGAUCCGUAGAACAGUUAGGACACUGCCAUGGAGGGUAGAGCGUCCCGGACGCACACUAAUCCUGUUAUAUUAUUGAAUGUAAUUUUAUACGUUUAAAGAAUCUUCCAGAUAGGUGUAAGAGUUUAAACAUUACCAUUUAGAAGUAGUAAGUUGGCGAUUUGAGUACGUUUUUAAGAAGUUUUUGUUUUAGGCGCUUUGGGUUACUGUACCGUCGUGAUAUUAGCCCGAUAUAUAGAAGUCGUUACUGUACAUUUAUCGGGUAGCAUUUUAAAUCUAAACAAACGCAAGAUAUUAUGUUAUUAUGACAUUUUUAUUGAAUAUUGUCUUAGGGUUUAAAAUAGCCUUAUUUUAAUCAUGUUUUAUUGCCUGCCUAUUGGUUUUACUGCCCAAAACCGUUAUUUUGAAGAGUCAAACUGGCGGUCUUUUUUAAGUGAGGUUUUUUCAUGACAUUCAUUAGAAAGCUGUAAUUCAUAAUAAGUUUUAUUAUUUAUGCUCUAUAUUUCUCGAUUUUGAAGUUUAACCUAUAAACAUCCCAACAACAUAAAAAUAUUUACAUAAGUCAUUUAAUUUUUAGUAACAUAGUAUUUACCAUGUCCAUACACCUUUUCGAGUUAAAAUGCUAUUCGUUCAAAUGCACAGUUGUAUUACCAUUUAUGCUGGAUUAUAUAUUAUAUUACAUAGGAGUUACCAACGUACAAUCAAUAUGUAGAACUCUAUUAGUACAACGAUAAGUCAUUUCAAUACACUAAGUGCCUUCAAAAGUUAGUCAUUAGGAUUUAAAGUGAUAUAUACAUGCUCGAUGGAGUGAUCCAUGAUUUACAAUUAUUAUAAACGCUGUGAAAACUGGAAUUAUUAGUAUUUAUUAUUAGUCAAAACAUAUAUUAUAGUACCUUCGUGUGAAUCCUUAGCCCUGUGAGAUCUCAGCUAGUGAGCCUUCUAGGACGUGACGAAUAUUUUAAAUGGAAAAUUUUAUAUAACCGUAAGAAAACCGUAUAUAAUGAUUCAUACCGAAGUUUGAUUAUGGAAUAAUGAUGAUUUAAUUAUUCCACUUGAUGAAAUUGUUCUUAGAUGGACAUUUUUUGUAUACCAGUAAAUAAUUAAGAAACCGUUAAAAUAUUUGGGGCGUUCUAUGUAGUAGAAUACGAUAAAUGUAUGAACAACUAAUUUUAUACAGAAUUGCGUACGUAAUUUUUAACUUCCCUGUGCUGCCUUACUC